UGAAUUGACCAUUCUCUGGCCUUUCCUUCUGUGCAACACUUCAUCUCCUCUCUCCCUCUCUCUCUCCCACAAAAUGCCAUGUCUAUAGAUCCAUACAUAGAUAUAGAGAGAGAACGAGAGGAGAGAAAUUCACAAGGAUUCCUGCAGAAACCCAAGAAUGAUGAGUUCUGGGUUUCACUCAAUCAGGGCGGUUUUCUUGAUCUUGAUCGUCGCGUCGUUAGUGCCGUUGGAUUGCAUCGGGAUUCGGAGCUUCCCGGACAAAACCGGGUUCGGGUUUUCGGAGGCUCCGGAGUACCGAAACGGGGCGGAUUGUCCGGCGAAGAAGCAGGAGGAGGAAAGGGACAGCGAAACGGCGUCGUCCUGUGACCCGUUUCUGGUCCACAUUGCGAUGACGCUCGACUCCGAGUACCUCCGCGGCUCCAUGGCGGCGGUUCACUCCGUCCUCCGCCACGCGUCGUGCCCGGAGCAGGUGUUCCUCCACUUCAUCGCCGCCGAGUUCGACGCCGUUACCCCACGCGCCCUCACGCGCCACGUCCGAUCCGUUUUCCCGUCGCUAAACUUCAAGGUCUACAUUUUCCGGGAAGACAGGGUCCUAAACCUAAUUUCCUCUUCGAUCCGGAGAGCUCUCGAGAAUCCGUUGAACUACGCGCGGAACUAUCUCGGCGACAUGCUCGACGCGUGCGUGACACGCGUCGUCUACCUCGACUCCGACGUGAUCCUCGUCGACGACAUUCUCAAGCUCUGGAACGUUCCUCUCUCCGAUUCGAAAGUCAUCGGAGCGCCGGAGUAUUGUCACGCCAAUUUCACAAAAUACUUCACCGAUUCCUUCUGGUCCGACCCGAUUUUCCCGCGAGUAUUCGACUCGCGAUCGCCCUGCUACUUCAACACCGGCGUGAUGGUGAUGGAUCUCCGGCGAUGGCGCGCCGGGAAUUUCCGCCGGAAACUGGAGAAAUGGAUGGAGCUUCAGAGGAAGAGAAGGAUUUACGAGCUGGGAUCUCUGCCGCCAUUUUUGCUGGUGUUUGGUGGGCUUAUCGAGCCCAUUAAUCACCGCUGGAACCAACAUGGGCUGGGCGGGGACAACGAAUUGGGCUCUUGUCGGGCCCUGCAUCCAGGCCCAGUAAGCCUGCUUCAUUGGAGUGGGAAAGGGAAGCCAUGGGUGAGGCUUGAUGAGAAGAAACCCUGUCCGUUGGAUCAUCUUUGGGAGCCCUAUGAUCUGUACAACCAAAGAAGCGCAAAGUCCCAACAUGCAUUAAGUGAUAGUACCAGCAAGUUAGAGUUGUCCAAUUAUUUCAUUUGAAUUUUAGUGAUUUUUUUUUUUUUGGAUUUAGGGGUUGUAUAGAUUGAUGAUUGGUUGGGAAAAGGAUAGAAAAUUUAGAGGACUUAGUUGAUUUUUUUGUGGUUAAAAUUCAUUACUUAAUGAAUUGUACUUUUUCAUAGCA